UCCAGACAGUGAUGAAAUUUGCAGAACUUGUCUCAGAGGUGCACAUUAACCGAGGACCUCAGUCAGCACUGAAGGACCUUGGGCUGCCAUCAGGCUACAACAGACCAAUAAACUAUUAAAAGACUUACUUAAAAGAUGGAAGAAGAAAAUAUGAGGGACCAGGAAGUGGAUAUUAACAUAAUAUAUAGACUGGCUCCUGCCUGGCCUCUCUGACCAAGGCUGAUGGUGAUUGGGAAACAUUUAUUAACAUGCUGGAGACGUACCUACGGAGGAGGAUUCAGCAUCGAGAAACUGCAAGCUAACAUACCUGGCAUAGUUGAGAGAGUGAGGGCUGGUAUUGUAGUGAUGGAGAGGGACAACUUGUUUCUGCAGCAAGAGACCAAGAGCCUUCGUGCACUCUAUGAAAACACCUUGGCUGAAAAUCAAUCUCUAAAUGACAGAGUGUUUAAUGACCAAAUUACCAUAGAUAACCUACAGAAGCAGUUAAUGAGUUACAAUAAUUUAGAGGAUCAACUUAAGAAAGUGUGUGAAGAACGAGAUCUGACCAGAAGCCAGAAACAGUGGGAGAAACAACGACUGAAGGCUGAAUUAAAGCACAAACUACAAUCUGAGUCAGAAAAAUUGCGAAAAGAAAUGCUCUCUUGUCUCAAAGAACGGGAACAGAAACUGAAG